GUCGUGCAAUUACAUAAGUCUGCGUACAGGACUGCAGUGUCAGAGUUGAGCUCAGUCUGUGUUUUGACGCUGCAGAGAGCAUUGAGGAGGAGUCGCUCCGUCAACUGUUGGCCUCUCCUGUCUAAUCUGGAUUAGGGAUUCGUCCAGUCUGCGGCCAGGACACCAAUAAUCACAUUAUUCUGCUUUGGGUUGACGCCUCGUGAAGCGGAAGCAAUACAGCUAUGGUAUACCGUUACCGAGUCGCAGAUUCGUUUCAGUUCUACUGUAUGUUUGUUUAAAACCCCUUUAAGGGACUUUGGAGGAUUUUGCUGCGAAGAUUGGAUCCAAUUCGAGCAAAGUUGAAUCAUAAUUGUUGCCUGUCUGCCUGCGGCUUGUGCGCAUCCCCCGGUGCAGUUCCCCGCACUCUGCAGCAUCCAGACUGAGCACUGCAGCCUGAGCGUGGAGCACAUUUCUGCACAAACCUCUACCGCUAUAUAUCAGGAGCAGCUGCUGGACAAACAUGCCAGGAUUAGCCUCAAACAUGAUGGACUUAGAGAAAACUGAGAAGGAUGUCUGGAAUCUGCAAAUGCUGCAACCAAGCUCCUCGUCUCCAAGGACAGCUUCUCCAUUAGAUUGGUUCUGACAGCUUCUUCCAGCCAGUAUGGAGGAAAGCAAGCUCAUUUUCAGCCUGGACCACCAGGAUGAAGGUCCCAUCGUGGCCUUCUCUAAAGAUAAACCACCAGGCAGGGAGAACCAGCCUGACCUCACUCUAGGAAUGGAACUGGAUCUGAGCCAAGGACACCGCUCCCACCCACCACUCCUGUCCCACUCCCCCUCUUCACCGGGCUCUCUGGCUGAUCUGUCUGCAGAUCUUCUCGUCUCCAGCAACCUCGUCAAAUCCUCCUCCACGGAUCUGGAGCCAAGAGAGACCGGCUCUCUGCGAGGCAAACCUCUGCUCAGCCUGGUCAAGUCUCUGAGCACGGAGAUUUCCCGCCGGGUCGAGCCAGAGGUCAACCUCUCCAAGUCGGACUCCAAGCUGCAUUUACAUCCCAGAAAGCAGCUUACUCAUCCGAGGAUCCCAGAGGCCAAACCUGAACUGAGAGGACAUAAUGAGGACGACUGCUGGGAAUCACCUCCUUCCCCUGGCAGUGUGCCUCUUGCUGAACCUCGGGGAAGCUCGCUGAUAGCUGAGCUGGAGGACACACGGAGGAAGUUUUCUGAGGCCAUGCAGGAUCCUCUGAGCAUGCUGAGUAAGAUCAUGGGGGACGAAAGCUCCAGCAGCCCCAAGCAAGGGAGGCCUGGAGACUCAACGGCCUCCCAAGGCAACUGCGGGGGUGAAGAUACAGAGCCAAAGUGCCGUAGAAGAAUUGAUAGUGAUCAAAGAAGUGUGUGUGACUCACCUCUGAGAAGACUCCAACACGGCUCAUUAAUAAAAUCCUCCACAUCCCCAGAACACCACACGCACAGCAGAGACAGCCAUUUUGAAAUUCAGACUUAUGGGGAUAUGAUACAGGUGCUGGAGAUUCAGAAUGGAUACAAAGGGACUCAUCGUAGAGCUUACUCCCAGUCUAGAAUUUCUUUUCCAAGGCCAUCACUGCCUUUUCAUUGGCUCUUCCCAGUGGGUCUCUUGGCUUAUGGUUUCUUCGUGUUGCCCCUGCCCUCCUAUGUGACAGGUCUGUCUGUGGGGGUCGCAUGUGGCUUCAUAUUGGGCCUGGUGGUAGUUUACAUGUUUGCCCCUCGGCGCUCAUCUGCCAGAAGCAAUAAGGGCUCUCGUUUGAGCAAAUCCAGACCUCUGAACCUGGAUUCAUUGGAUGAGGAGUUCACAGGUCAAGAGUUCUUAGAGGGCUGGAUGAAUGAAACACACAGCUAUGAUGCUGAGACUUUUCACCCCUCCAUGCUCCAUUCUGUGUUUGUCACCCUGGAGGGAAGCCGGCUGCGCCUUGCAUACCCACACACCAACAUCCCCCGGUGGGCGUCCUUCGAUGAGUCCUCCCACGAGGCUGUGUUUUUGCGUACACGCACUUACCAGCUUGCUAACUGUAAGGUGUCUCUGUUGCCGCCUGGUUUGGCUCGCAAGCGGGUUUGGAAUAAGAAGUACCCCAUCUGCAUCACUCUUGCAGAAGAUGGGGUCGCAGAGGAGAGUGUCAUUGAGGGGCAAGAAGAAGAAGAAGACAGAAGGGAGACACACACUGUCCCCGACCACCAGCUCCCUGUCACUCUGUACCUGUUCGGUCGCACGGGGAGAGAGAAGGAGGAGUGGUUCCAGCACCUUCUGUCUGCGUCCCAGGCUGGAGCCAAGAGCAGUGUGUGUGGGGAGGAGAACAUGGAAACGCUAUGUGGUGGUGACACUGUUAAAGAAAUCCCAGAGGAGCAGCACGACUUGGCAGGAGCCCCAAAAACAAGAACACUUUUGGACUACAGCAACUACAUGACUCAACUGAUUGUAAGCCAGAGCUGCAGCCCCAUCCCAAGCCCCUGCGACAGUGACAAGGGAAGCCCCACAGCGCACAAGAAGAUUCACAAUGAAGAGCCAGGCUCUGGAGGUCAGCCUGGAGCUGAGCCCAGUGCAGGUCCAGGGACAGGAGCAUUCUCUGCAGAGGGCCAGUCCACCUGGGUAAACUCCCUGGUGGGACGGAUCUUCUGGGACUUUCUCCGAGAGAAGUACUGGACGGAUCAGGUGGCACACAAGAUCCAGAAGAAACUCAGCAAGAUCAAGUUGCCGUAUUUUAUGAAUGAGCUGACUCUGGCUGAUCUGGACAUGGGCACCUGUCUACCUCAAGUCCUCAGCACCUCCACACCUACCCUGGACCGAAGAGGCUUGUGGCUGGAGCUGGAGGUGGUGUACACAGGAUGUCUUCAGAUGACCCUGGAGACCAAGAUGAACCUGUGUAAGCUGGGUAAAGAUGGAGAGGACAAGGUUCACAGUGUACCAGAGACACAGCAAGUGGGCUCUAAGCCGAGGCUGUGUAUCCUGGCUGAUAGUGAUGAAGAGUCAUCCAGUGCAGGCUCAUCUGAUGAAGAGGAGGUCCCUCUGUCUGAGACACAGGGGUCUCUUGGAGAUAAGAGCACUGUAGUAACAGCUGAAGGGCACACUGGUGGCAGCACGAGUCGGAAAAUCUUGAGAUUUGUGGACAAAAUAGCUAAGUCCAAGUACUUCCAGAAAGCCACAGAGAACGAGUACAUCAGGAAGAAGAUAGCCGAGGUGUCUAACAUGCCUCUUAUGCUCAGUGUGGAGGUCCUGGAGCUCUCUGGCACUCUGGCUGUCAACAUCCCACCUCCCCCUACUGACAGGAUAUGGUACAGUUUCCGAGUGCCUCCCAGGUUAGACCUGCAUGUGCGUCCCACGCUUGGGGAGAGGGAGGUCACCUUUACUCAUGUCACUGAGUGGAUUGAGAGGAAGCUGCAGUGUGAGUUCCAGAAAGUCCUUGUCAUGCCAAACAUGGACGAUCUAUAUCUGCCCCUGAUGACAUCCGGCCUUGACAACCCGUCUGUAUCACACCAAUCCUCCAUCCACUCCUCGUCCCACCAGUCUUCCAUGGAGUCCCAGGAGUACCUCUCGGAGUAGCCACAGAUGGUGUUUAUGUGACGCAAACAGGUGUUGUGCUGCGAUUGCCAUGAAUCUCUGAUGGAUUCAGAGGACGCUGCAGCUGGGUUCCCACUCUGUGUUUAUCCUGAGUGCGUCCCCUGUAACCAGUGCAGGAUAGACAUCUCCAGAAGGCGACACUGCAGAGAUGUCAGGAUGAGAGAAUGAUGCUACAGCGCCCCCUACUGUGAAGAUGACUGAUUGAAACCAGGCAGAGCACUGGUUUUCCAAAGGGGAAUUUUUCUGAAUUCAUUUUGACCCUUACUAAAAUACAAGACUGAAAGCUUGUCCAUCUUUACUGCACGUCAAAUCAUGAUGAAGUUGAUGACUCUGAAUGCACAACGUGUGGAUCCUGUCAAAGAUCCAAAACUGGAACAAAUUAGAAACCUUGAAAAUAUGAAAAUGUUUCUCUUAUGAUUUUGUGCCAUCAAGCUUCCUUGGUGCAUGUUAUUUCCUAAAAGUCUUAAUAUGCUUGUGGGUUUAUCCAUGCAUAAAAGCCUGUUUAAAAGCCU